UGGUCUGUGCUCUUUUCUUGGCAGUAUAGUAAGUAGCACCCCAAGCCCAAACCUCCCGAAAAAGGAUGGCGCGAAAAUCCAUCUCAUAUCCGGGGAUUUUCCCGGUACUUGUCGCAUUUUCUUUUGCUUUACUCGUCUUUUCUCGUCCAAUUCUUGGCGGCCACGACUACCACGACGCUCUCCGCAAGAGCAUUCUCUUUUUCGAAGGCCAACGAUCAGGCAAACUGCCCCCAGAUCAACGCGUAAAAUGGCGCUGCGACUCCGCAUUGCAUGACGGCUCAACUGCUGGAGUGGAUUUAACGGGAGGAUACUACGACGCUGGAGACAACGUGAAGUUUGGGUUCCCAAUGGCAUUUACGACGACGUUAUUGGCUUGGAGUAUCAUAGAUUUCGGGAGGAACAUGGGGCCGGAGUUAAAGAACGCCGUUAAAGCCGUGAAGUGGUCGACGGAUUACCUGUUGAAAGCAACUGCAAAGCCUGGAGUGGUGUACGUACAAGUGGGAGAUGCGUACUCUGAUCAUAGCUGCUGGGAAAGGCCGGAGGAUAUGGACACGCUUCGUACGGUGUACAAAAUCGAUAAUUCGCAUCCUGGCUCUGACGUGGCAGGUGAAACCGCCGCUGCAUUGGCCGCUGCUUCCAUUGUGUUUAGGUCACGUGACCCCGCUUACUCGAGGUUGCUCCUCAAUCGAGCCGUUAGGGUGUUCAACUUUGCUGACAAGCACCGGGGUGCCUACAGUGGCAGCCUGCACGCUGCAGUGUGCCCUUUUUACUGCGACGUGAAUGGGUACCAGGACGAGUUGCUUUGGGGAGCCGCUUGGCUACACAAGGCCUCAAGGAAGCGCGUAUACAGAGAGUAUAUAGUGAAAAACGAGGUCAUCUUGAGAGCUGGAGAUACCAUCAAUGAGUUUGGUUGGGAUAACAAGCAUGCUGGGAUUAAUGUCCUCAUUUCCAAGGAAGUGCUGAUGGGAAAAGCUGACUAUUUCGAGUCCUUCAAGCAAAAUGCUGACGGCUUUAUUUGUUCUUUAUUGCCUGGAAUUUCUCAUCCUCAAGUUCAAUACUCUCCUGGUGGCUUGAUCUUCAAGGCUGGAGGGAGUAACAUGCAGCAUGUAACGUCACUGUCUUUCCUACUUCUAGCUUAUUCUAAUUAUCUAAGCCACGCUAACAAGGUGGUGCCAUGUGGUGAAAGAUCAGCCUCCGCUGCCCUUCUCAAACAGUUGGCUAAACGCCAGGUGGACUACAUCUUGGGAGAUAACCCACUAGGAAUGUCGUACAUGGUUGGCUAUGGUGCACGCUUUCCUCAGAGGAUUCAUCACAGGGCCAGCUCACUGCCGUCGGUGGGGGCCCACCCGGCCCGCAUCGGGUGCAAAGCGGGGUCUAGCUAUUACCUAAGCCCAAACCCCAACCCCAAUUUAUUGGUGGGAGCAGUGGUCGGUGGGCCCAAUGUGUCGGAUGCUUUUCCAGAUUCGAGGCCUUAUUUUCAAGAGUCGGAGCCCACAACUUACAUCAACGCUCCUCUUGUGGGCCUUCUUGCAUACCUUUCAGCCCACCCUUGAUUUCCGUAAAAUGUAAAGUGCGAAAGGAUGAGAUGAUAAUUUGAGUGGUGUGCGAAAUGGUCACCCUGCCUCUAUUAUUGCCAUAUGAAAAGAUUCCAAUUGUUUCCCAAUUAACGAAGCAAGUUGCGUUGGUACACUAAAAUCAGAGCAUCCUUUUUUCCGUUGGGCAAACUUCUAAGAUCAUUGUCAAGUAUGGUUAUCAUA